AUGCAGCUUACUUCAACUCCUUUGACCAACCUACUGCUGAUGCUUCUGGUGCUCCCAGGACAGCCCCAGAUAAUGAAAGGCAUGGGGAGGUCCUUGGAUGAGAGUGGCACAUGCCACUGUGUGUUUUAUAUGACCAGAAAUUCCAACUCCUUGCAGCAUCUGGAGGAGCUCAUGAGCAAGUAUGAGAAGGCACUCUCCAGGGUCAGUGAAUUUGCACAGCUCUUUGAAGGUCAAGAUAACCAAGUCUCGAAACUGGUUUAUAAAAUGCAAUCCAGUGCCUUUUCUUCUUAUGAAGCCCCCACCUUCAGUCAGCUGCGCUUGGAGCUGGAGGAAGCACAGACAUUGGUAGAGGAGCUUAAGAUGAAAAAAGAAAUGAAAGAUUCUCAAGGCCUCUUCAACCAACUCCAGAGACAGGUGGCAAAUGCAAGUUUCACUCUCAAACUUCUAAGUGACUCUGACCAGCGCAGUUUCAUGGCUCUGCGCCAAGAAGUGGAUACCCUCGAGGGUGAACUAAAGGAGUGUGAGAAGAUGAGAGAGAAAGAACAAGACUCCAGCUACUCUGGCCCACCCCUGUCCCCUGGUUCCUGUGCUCAUAGAGGCCUCUAUAAAGUUAGCAAGCCCCAUGUGGUAAAACCUAAUUGGAGAGGUGUUUCGUACAAGGCAGGUGCCUGGGGCCGAGACUGGGAUCCCAAUGCAAAUACAAGCCUCUACUGGGUGGCUCCGCUGCGUGCAGAUCUCAGGUACUUUGACUACUACAGGCUCUACAAGUCCUAUGAAGAUCUGAUGCUGUCUAAGAACUACAAGGAGCUGUAUAUGGGCUAUGGUGAUGGUAGUGGCAAUGCUGUGUACAAAAAUUUCAUGUACUUUAAUUACUAUGGCACAAAUGACAUGGUCAAGUUAGACCUUUCCUCCAACACUGUGGUACUGCAACGCUCACUGGCUGGUGCCACUUACAAAAAUCGUUUCUCCUAUGCUGGUGUGUCCUGGAAAGACAUAGAUUUUGCUAGUGAUGAGAAAGGACUGUGGGUGCUCUAUGCCACUGAAGGAACUAAAGGCAACCUUGUUGUGAGUCGUCUCAAUGACAGCACCCUAGAAGUGGAGAAAACCUGGUAUUCUGGUCAACACAAGCCAGCGAUGUCAGGGGCUUUCAUGGCCUGUGGCGUGCUUUACGCCUUACGCCCAUCGAGUACUCGCCAGGAGGAGAUCUUCUACGCUUUUGAUACCAACACUGGGCAGGAGUAUUACAUAAGCAUCACCCUGGACAAAAUGCUGGAUACUCUACAGGGGAUCAAUUACAGCCCCUUUGACCACAAGCUCUAUGUCUUCAAUGAUGCAUACCUGGUCACUUAUGACCUCACCUUUCUGACACGGAAGCAGGCAAAACCUUUUGGGGCCUAUGCCCUAUCCAAACCCAUCAAUUAA